CGGGGGGGAGUGAACCUCUUGAGAGUCUGAUUGAUUCUUUUGCUGUCUGGCGACUCUCUGAUCCACCUGCCCACACUGACAGUCCAAAGAUGGCCCAGCUAAAUUCGACGCAAUGGCGGGCCUUGUUAGAUGCAGCCGGUGAUGCCGGGAAACCACAUCUGCAAGCUCUCUUGGAUGGUGCUAUAAAACGGGAACAGGAGUCAGAGAAGGAGAGGAAGGAGGCCUUGCUGAGAAGGCAAGUAGCCCUCCUAGAGACUGUUCCCUCACUGACUGAAGAGCAGUGCGGGGAACAGCUGCAGCCCAUCCUCACGGCCUUUGUUCAAAUCAAGAAUCUCGAGGACCAUACCACUCAGAUCGUUGAAGUCUUUGCAAAACUGCAGACAAUUCAGGAUGAUCUGACUGAGAUGACCCUCAAGUACCAUGAACUAACGAAGGAGGUGGCGGAUCUGCGACAAGCCCAAGUGGCCAACCCUCUUCCUCUACCUCCUGGAACUGAAGCUGCAAUCGAAACUACCUCUACCCCUCUUACUGUGUCUUCUUCUACCUCAUCUUUGAGUGUGAUGGCAACUCCUUCACGACCUGCAGCAGGUGCAGAUUCCACUGUUGUUGUAACAAGCAAUGAGGCUGGAACUUCUGCAAUUGCUGCAGCCCCAAGACCGGAACCAGCUGCUGCUGGUCCCAGCCACGCCAGUCCCUAUGUGGACCGGAAGGCGGUUCAAAUACCGUCCAAGUACGAUGGCAAGGAAGACAUCGAGUCCUGGAUCGGCUCCAUGAGGGCCUACUUUGAGAUCCUGGGGACUCAAGCUGAGACCCAGGCAGUUAUCAUGGGUAUGAAUGUCGAGCCAGUCGUACGGGGCUUCCUAGAAGUCCAAGCAACGCGGGCUGGGUUUCAAAAGUCUGCACUAGCCAAAUGGCUAAGGUCCACCCCGGUUGCCUCCCUGGAAGAACUCCUUAUCUCAUAAUACCAAGAUCCACAUGUUGCUGCUAAAGCAAGGAUUCAACUGGAUAAAGUAAAGCACAACAAGUGGA